AUGAGUGGGCAAGUGCAUCCAACGCCCUUCUCCUUCUCGAGGGGCUCACGCGCGAGCAUCUCGCGACCGUACGAGUCCAGGGGCACUUUGCCCCGCCUGGAGGAUUGGAAGCGAGCGAGCUUCCGAAGUCAACGGGCGAUUCCAACUCAAGUGGGGAUUGUCAAGACCAUUGGUUUGCGGUUGCUUUUCCUGUCCAUAAACGUUUACACGGUGGCCUCCUUCCUGUUGACUUCGUCGGGGAUCUACCUGUUCUGGCCGGCCAGUGCCGUAUUUCUCGACGAUUUACACAACGGACUGUACAAGUUUCACCCGCGGACACAGAUCGACCGUGUGAUGCUGGAGGAGAUGGAGAAAGAGUCUGCAGUUAUGGAGAGGCACUUGCUAGUGUUGAGUCGUCGUGACGUAGGGAAGUCGCGAAGAUCCAUCCACAAAUUCCACGGCUCGCUGCCAGAUUCGUGCACGGGGUUUACGGUACCACAGGGACAUCCGUACAACUCGGAAGAGCGGAUCUACCACGUGAACGAUGCGCGGCUAGUCAUCGGCCAGUCGUUUCUUUAUUGCACGGAUCCAGUGUUGUCCAUGACUGAACACUACGACCCAGAUUUAUCUUACUCUCAGCAGGUUGACAACACGGAGUUUACGUUCAAGGCGAGCUACGUCAUCGUCCAGCAGCACUUCGCCAACGCGUACUACGGCGUCGAGUUUCAAGUGAGCUACUGCGUGGCUCGACAAGUCGAAAAUGCCCCAGGGUAUUGGGAAUUGAAUCCGCUGAUCCGAACGACGCGAAAGCGCGUUGGUGUGGUUCGUCAUUAUUCGAGAGAUUUGGCGAACUACACUAGCGGACAGCAACGUGCGCGUACCCACGAGACGCCCGCCCAACGAUUUCCAGCGCCGGCAAACGCAAUGGCUGGGCCUCCCAAAGCCGCACAUGGUUGCUGCGUGCACGUAUAUCGAUGCGGACUGUGGCUGUCCAACCCCCUCUACAUGAUGGGGAAUGUGGCUCACGCUAUUGGAACGACCGUGGAGUCUCAGAUGGCGGUCGAAGUGCUGUACUGGCAGUACAGCAAGUCUGGACGCAUCCAGGACCUACUGUACGCCGGGAUCUACUCCGUGCGUCAUGCUUGGAUGCUCUACUGA